UAUAUUUUCAUUCAAACUCAAAACAAAAACAACAUCCAUAACAAAAUGGGCAUAAAGAGAAAUAGAGAAGAUAUGGAGCUAGAGAGGACACUAGUCAUGGCUAACUACUUAAUCCUCCUAUCCCGACCGCCUCAAGUCUCGGUUGAACAACUUAGUGAGACCCGGGUUUACGAGUGUAAGACGUGCAACCGGAAGUUCCCGUCUUUCCAAGCAUUAGGUGGACACCGGGCUAGCCAUAAGAAACCUAGAUUAUCCAUUACCGGUGAGUAUACUAGGAUUGAGGACGAUAAUGUAAAGAAGCCCAAAAUACACGAAUGUUCGAUAUGUGGGUUGGAGUUUCCUAUUGGACAGGCGUUGGGAGGUCACAUGAGGCGUCAUAGAGCCGCACUCACUAGAUCAUCACAACAACAACAACUUCUUCCUACGACGACACUUUCGCUUUCUCUAGAAGCUUCUUCUAAUUCAUAUGAUGUUUCGGAAUUAUCUGGUGUGAGCAAGAGCAGGAGUACAAGUGAAGAACAUAAUGAUGAUCAUAAAAGAUUUAUUUGCUUAGAUUUGAAUUUGACACCUUUGGAGAAUGGAUUGUUACAAUUUGGGAACUUUGCACCUCAUGUUGUUUGUUAGAUUUUUUUGUAAUUUAAAGAGCUUUGAUUCUUUUAUUUCUUAUGUAAAUACUAUGUAAUUUAACGUAUUUGAUGACAGACAAUACACUUAGGAUUAUCAUUAAUAUCCCCUCAAAAAAAAUAAAAAAUAGUUAUCAUUAAUAUUGUUUGUUUGUUGGUCUCAUAAUCUCAUUAACAGUUAUUUGAA